UAUUGUUUUAUUUUUAUCUUAGUUAUUUUACUAUUAUAAGCAGGUCCACAUCAGCCUUUUGGCUGCUGAUUUAAUAUUGCUCAUUCAAUCCUGUAAUUAUAAACCUGUUCUAACAAAUAAAGGAUUGAUUGAUGAUUGAUUGAUCAUCCUGCAUGCUAAGUGAUCACUGUUGUUUAGCGACAAUUGCCCAUGGGAGAAAAAAUCAGCAAUCAAACGUCACCAUGGGAUCAUUUGAUGGAGCUGAAACGUGAAUUCAUUGGAUGCUACCUUUUGUCUCUCCUCACCAAGAAGUAUGGCCAAAACAUCAGCUUAUACUGAGACGACCGAUUGGCAGCCUUCAACGCGAAGCCACAAGAAAUAGAAAAGAUCAAAAAAGAGAUAUGCAAAGUCUUCCGUGACAACGAGUUGAAGAUCACAGUCAAAGCAAACACCACCAAGCUCAAUUUCUUAGAUAUCACGCUUGACCUCAGAAGUGAGAAAUUCUGCCCUCACAUAAGAGGGCAACAUCCUAUUAUAUGUCCAUAAAGAAUCCAACCACCCACCAUCCAUCCUCAAGAACAUUCCUGAAUCUAUUAACAAAAGGCUCUCUGAAAUAUCAUCGGAUAAAGAAUGCUUCAAUAGCACUAAAGGCAUUUACCAGGAAGCACUUGACAAAAGUGGCUACUGCUAUAAUCUCUCUUUCACACUGAGCCAGGCAUCCUGCCAGCGGAAUAGUAGACAAAAAAAUAUCUUGUGGUUUAACCCGCCAUUUGGCAAGAGUGUGGCAACAAACAUCGGAAAAUGCUUUCUUUUACUUAUCGAUGAACAUUUCCCUAAAUCUAACCCCCUCCAUAAUAUUUUUAACUGUAACACACUAAAAUUAAGCUACAGCUGCAUGGGUAACAUCAAAACAGUAACAUCUAAUCAUAACAAAACUGAAAUUAACAAAUCCACACGCACCGAUGAUCAAAAGAAGAACUGUAAUUGCCGGAAACACAACUUGUGCCCUAUGGAUGGAAACUGUAAUGCAGAAAAUGAAUUCACCACUGAAACCACGAAGGAAACAUACAUCGGACUUUGUGACACUACUUUUAAAUUAAGAUACAGGUACCAUAUAUGUUCAUUUCGUAAUGAACGGUACAAUAAAGCUUAAAAGAUCAGAAAAUUGCGUAUGACAUUAAAUGGCAGAAAGUAAAACAAGCUAGGUCCUAUUUGAAUGUAGCUAAGAGAUGUAAUUUGUGUUUGUGGGAGAAGUUUUUCAUAUUGUGCAGGCCAGAAAUGUCAACUCUCAACAGCAGAAAUGAACUUGCAUCGGGUUGUAGAUAUGCUAGGAAAUUUCAACUGAAAAAUGUUUUUAUUUAGUUAGUGGUGACAAUCCCGCGUGAAACCAACUCUUAUGAUAAUUCACUUGGACAAGGUAAGUUAAUAAAUAUCAUAUCGUUGUCCUUUCAGCUUCAGCUCUGAACUUGGCGGGAGUGGGGGAACACUGUAUAUUCAGUAUUAUCUGAAUGAGCGCUUUUCUUCUGGUAAGCAUUCUUCGAAUAGCGGUGGCACUGGUAAACUUCAAGUAUCAAUCAAUAGACCCUUUUGUCUCACAAAACUAUGACACAAGUUGGGAUGUGCUGUUGCUUUAUUUAAUAAAAAUACUUUAACAUGAAAUCAUACUCGUUCAUUUUAAUAUGAAAUGUUAACUUCUUCCUCUACUGAACUCAAACAUUACUGGUUGAAGUUAGAGUAACUUUAGAUGAAAAAAAAUUAUUUAGAAUACAAAAUCAUAAAUUUAAAACUUUAGUUUACAUGUGGCGUUGACGAAAAUCUAUGAUAUUUUUUGUUGCAAACAGAAUACUCAAGAAACAAAAUUCAAGAAGUUCCUGAUGGCUGUCCAUGCCAGUAAUGUAGAAGAACUUCAAAAUUACAACGUUGCAGUAAUUUACAAUGAAGAAUGUACAGAGUUUAAUGUGCAGGAGGUUAUGGAAGGGAAGCUACAUUAUGUACAAAGGGCAUUCUGGUUUGACACAAGAGAAAAGAAAGCACAAGGUAAUUUCAGUUUGCAAAUUACAAAUAAAAUAGCUGUUUUAUGUCUCUCUCUCGAAAACGGGAGCUUACCCUUCCCCCAUAGAAAGAAAAAAAUCAGAAAUUAAAACCUCUACAAAAGAUGCCGUUAAGUGCAUGUUCAAAAUACCCUAUUUCCUAAAUAUAAAUAUAUUUGUUGCUUGACCACUCCGUAAUAAGAAAGCAUUAUUACCACUUGUAGCGAUUUUUAGAGCCAUCUGCUACUGAUUUUUUCUUCCUUCCUUUUCAACAAAAGGGUCACAAGUGUCUCAUGGAUAGAGAUUUAAAAAUUAUCUAACAGCUGACUUGGAAACAUUGUUUAACAGGGCACCUCCUCCAGAACAGCCUUAUGCUACUCCUCAUUGGCCAUUGGGUCGCAGAGGGACAAGUCACGGGAGGAUGCUGCCAAUUACAGAAUGCAAAUGCAUCAAACGUUUUUUCCUGCAUAGGUGUUGAUAAGGGAAGAAUUCCUGUGGAGCUGGUAGCCACAAUAAUAGAGAAGUUCAGCUUUGAAGGCCAAUGGGUUCUAAACCUAACUAACGCAAUCGGAGGUGGAAUUUCAGCAGGGAUAGCAGCAAAAAGAAAUGUUGUCUGCCUCGCAGACAAUGAAAGCGCUGCUACGAUAACUGUGGCAGCUGCGGCAGGAGCAAAAGAGGACAAGCAUGAGAUAGAGAAGGAUUACAGUGAAGAACAGAUGCAAUAAUAAUAAAAUCGGCUAAUAUAAUUAAAAAUUUCAGUCUGUACACAGCCUCAGAACUUCAGGGUUUACAAACACUCCGUGUUUUAUUUCCACUCCGCAGUUCAUAUUUUUAUACUGACUAGUAGACUCACCACUCUUCGCCAUUACAAACUGAACAUACGGCAACACUUCAUUACAAUGAGAAGAUAGAUAUGUGAACAGCUUAGAUCGGCGUUAUAGAAGCAGGCUUAAAUGUUUACAAAAUCUAGCAAGAAACCAAUAGCAAAUCAUGAUUCCACUGUAAUGAAGACCUUUCUCGUGCAGCAAUUUUGAUUGAUUGCUAUCGAUCCACUCUUCUGUAUGUGGCACUUUUCAUCUUGAGAGUCUUUCUGGUAAUCUCCAUGACUUUAGUGGGAGCCUUUCUCAAGCAACAAUUAUUGUCCAUUGCUAUCAAGAUAAAUUCACCACGUUUUAUGGCUGAAAUCGUAUAUUUAGAUAGCUAAAAGUGAGACUGAAACACUAAGGUAGAUCUUUUGCAAAAAGGAUUCAGUGCAAAGUGUUCUGAAAUGAAAAAAAUCGAACAAACGCAUGAAAAAAAUGUUCAAUUUGCCACCAGUAAAGGAGAAGCUCAACCUGUAGUCGACAAUAUCUACAACCACAUUCACAAUACUAUUUUUAUCAUUUUGAGGAAUUUUAAUGACAAUUGUUAAGAAAUUUUCGCUUGCGUUGCAAGAGAAAUUCGAUAAAUGCACACCGGUAAUGUUGUCUUAUAUUUGCAAAGCUAAUACCCCCGCAAAAUAAGUCAUGGGCCCAUUAAAAAUUGAGGGUAAUGUAAAGGUAACCUUGUCAGGCUUUAAAAUAAGAAAUAAGGAGCGUUGAAGACCACUGUUGAAACUUAAGUUUGUGUUCUUAAAGUCUUAUAAUUGACUCUAAAACAUUCCAUGUGUUAGUAUUUACCCAAUAAUAUUACUCCUUCGAUUCUUCUGGGCUGUAACCAGUAGUACAUCUGAGGGUGGAUAGAAUAAUUACUCGGAAUCCCAAGUCAUAAAAUGCUAGCGGUUCGUUGCCAAAAGGGGGGUCAUGGUCUCAGGCAUUCCAUGCAUAGUGAGUGGAAACUGGGGACGAGAAUGUGACAGCUUGCUUUAUUUGCACUUCGUGAAAAAUGUAACAUGCAAAAUGCUUUGUUUGGUAUCGAAGUCACACGUUAUAUGUUUAUCUCACAUACAAACAUUUUCGGAACAGGAUGGUCCACAAAUUCUAUUGCUUGAAAGCCUGGCAAAUAAGCAAAUUUCACAUUUGUUCUUGCGAGAUAACAAAUGAGCUAUGUACGAGUUCAAAAUUCGAAGACCCUGGCACAAACCUAUGAGUACUGGCUCAAAAACAGUGAUACUGAGACAAACACCUUAGAUGUUGAAAAAAUAAAAAAUCAUCGUAAACAGAACUUCGAAGAUGAGGCAACUGACAUGAUGCAACUGACAAAGAGGAUAUGCAACGAAGCAACUUCAGUAGUAAUAUAUCCAGAUUCUUUUAUUUGCUGUUAUUGUGUUCAAUAAAGUUACUUGUUUUUGCUUGUACGAUUUGAUAUCGCAGUACAAAGCUUGAGUAAACGCUCUUAGAGCGUCUAGUUAUUUUAUUAAGCGAUGACAUAGUCAGAGCUUAUAUGUUGGCACACAUCGCAUUCUUUUGGAUGGGCAGCGUACAACUUUUGUUGCGCUGCGCUUAUCUCGUGCACGAUUCACCACCCUGUGGAAGGGAAAUACAGUCUGGGAAAUAGUAAAUAAGCACUGUGUGAGGAUUGUAUGAGCACUGAAAUAUCUCAACUGAACUUAUGUGUGAGGGAGACGAGAUAGGUCAAGGCUCUACAUUAAAUUUACGUAUUGGUGAGCUUUGUUUAGGGCUGAACUAAACAUAUCUGUGGGCGGAAAUAUUUGUGAAUUUGAACUUGAAUUGAAGAAAAGCAUUGAAGUUCGCUGUGAAAACAGUUGAGAUAGCAGAAAGCAAUGGAGAAUAGUGUACGUAACGAAAAGGUGAGCUAGCUGAGGUUUUUUUCUUGAUCAGAAUUGGUUAAUGUAGCUUGGAUUAUGGUGUCUUAAGUAGAAACAGAGCAGUAGUUGGGUUACACAACAUUUAUAUUUGAAGCCAGUUGAGAUAGCAGGAAGCAAUGGGGAAUAGUGUAACGAAAAGGUGAGCUAGCUGAAGGAUUUGCUUUGAUCAGAAUUGGUUAAUGUAGCUUAGAUUAUGGUCUCUUUAAUGGAAAACAGAGCAGCUGUUGGGUUAAACAACAUUUACAUGAAAGCCAAAGAAUACUCAAGUCAUGUGAGAGGGAAGUUCUGGUUUAUGCUAUUGUUUAUAUUUUACCUGGAGGCAAUGCAAUGUAUCUUUCAACUUAAAAAAAGUAAUUCGCUAAAGAACUAAUCCUUUCGGUGUGAUGAAAACAGCGUAUAACUGUCAUGCAUGAUAAGAGCACAAAUUAGGUUUGGUUUGUGAAAAACAACCAGAAGAGUCUAGAAGACGUCAUUUAACCACAGGAUUUUCAGCUGAAAACCAUUCACAAUGGAAAACAAAAAAUAAACAAAAAUAAACUGGUCUCAGCUUGAAAUAUGAAAAGAUAUUAUUAGGGAUAGGGGAGUCGGUAGCAGAGGGGUAGGGAGCAUUGGGUAUUCAUUCAACUGACCACAAUGAGUGCAGGCUCCUCUUCUUUCCCACCAAUUGCAUGUCGCUUUUCAGCACUCUGUUUUUCAACACAAACAUGGACGAUUCUGAAGAUGAAUGCCAGGUAAUUCAUUGCAUCUCCUUUUUUGAUCCCUAAUUUCUUCAACAUCUGAGGUGUUUGUCUGAGCAUCAUACAGUUGGUUGUUAAGUCGUUAUUCAUAGUUUUGUCCCUAUUCCAUCUUCAUGUUGCUAUUUACCAUCCCCAGUUUUUGCGUCACCCACAGUUUUAGCUAAAACUGUGGGCCCAAAUAGUUAUGUCACACUUAAAAUGUGUCACACCUUAAUAAUAUUUUCACAUCUGUUUCCUAGACGCAUUACCGAGCGGUUUGUAUACGCAAAUCCAUACGUGUCAUUUUUUGUGAAAUGCAGAAUUGUAUCUAGGUAUAUAUACAGGUAUACUUGAUUGUAUUGUUAAACUCCCUGAAGAAGUGUGCGCUAGUCACACGAAACGCGUAGGAGAAAAUAAAAAAGUUUUACAACUCAAGUAGUUCACAGACGUGCUGCUCACUGGUUUUACUUUAAAA